UUCUCAUUACAUCUUCAGUGUCUAAUAUUAGUGACCUAAAGCUAAAAGUACGAGAAUGAAGGUCUUGGCAUCUUUGGUUUUGUUAGCUUUGGUAAAUUAUGCUUAUUCGACAGAUGUACAAUCUUGUCAGGAUCUCCUUUUACCAGAAGUAACAGUGACCAUAGACGGCACAGAGUGUACAACGGGACCAUGUGUAGUCGGACUUGGAUCAAAUUAUUCUAUAUUGAUUUCUUUUGAUACCCCUGUCAAAUUGGAGCGCAUUAAGGCGAAAUCUGUAUCAACAGGAUCAGACGGUGUAUCAGUGACAGUCGUGUUCGAAGACGAUACUUGUGAUGGAAUUCAAAACACGGUAUGUCCAGUGGCAGCUGGGGGACACGUUGAUUAUUUAUACGCCAGUGUUUUAGCUGAAGAAUAUUCUGAGCUGAAUGCUACAAUGGUUGUCACUUUACUUGACGUGGACAACGAUGAUACUGCAGUGCUAUGCUUCUCCGUCGACCUUACAAUUGACAAUUCGUAAUGUAGACAUUUAUACAAAUAUAAACAGGAAAAUGUAUGUAGGUAUAAUGUAGAUGUUGAAAUAUUUUAAUGAAAAUAUAUAUAAUCUGCUCUAAAUUUAGAA